AUGACCGACCAAAUUCAUCGCUGUUCUAAAGCUGACGUAGAGAUUGGCUGCAUCAAGUUCGCAGGCGCGGUUGUGAAUAUUGACACCACCCUCGGCUCCAGUUUCUUGAGCUCGGCAGGAAAAAAACAGGAAAUAAAUAUGUUGUACGUCUCAGGUGGAAAUGAUGACAGUGGACUACUAAAGCAUAUGGAGCUAGAAAUGAGGGUCCUACCGGAACUUAACUGGCAACCCCUUGGUCAACCUCCUCCUCAAGUUAUCGAAUUUGUUUCACCGAUUUCCGGUCAACAGGACAUUCAGUUUCAGUUGAAAGCUCAUGGUAGGGAGGUGUCGAAAGGUUCAGCUCAGAUAUGGAUUGACCGGCCAGUCACGGCGGACGUGGUACACUUUACCUGUCCAGAAUCUGCCAUUGUGCGGCAGUACUUCAGUUGUAAUCUCACCGUCGAGUCGGCAAAUAUGGUCCACGGGAAGGUGACUUGGGAGGGUCAACAAAGCGAGGACUUCACGCUGUCUAAAAGUCGGUCUGACUUCAUUGGCACACCAAAUUUGUAUUCCGGACCGAGUCUUCCCGACUGCAGGCUGACUGACGCAGUCAUCACCGGAACCCAGGCGAUGUACGCGGGGACAAUCAGCGAGAUCUUCAUCACCCUGAAAGCACCGACCAGGCUGAAGCUCUUUAUAUUCACAGUGAAUGGGAGUUUUUCGGGAAUUCAAAGUUUCCAAUUUCAAAAACCUAUUCCCAUAAUGGUCGGUGAUAGAAUUGGGGUUUUGCCUGACGAUUUUGAGGCUAUCGAUUGCACCAGCGACACCAUGUAUGCUCCCGCCGACUUUCAAUAUUCCGAUCAGUUCCUUCAGCCUCCCUCCGAAGGAAUGAAACUAUCUGGGCUUAACCGUAUCCAGGGCAAACGCUUUAAGAUUUCUGCAGCGCUGACUAUUCCCAAAUUCCCAAUGCUUUUCCUGGGUCGCUUUGAGAAGUCGGGGGUUAGGCAUGUAACUGCAAGUAUCUACAAAGAUACACAGGCACUUGGUUUGCAGGAGAAGAAAGUCCGUCGAUUCAUUAAUGUGAUUGAUCCUCUUGAUGAUAUCAAAUUACUCCGCACAUCCUACACUUUCUCGAAAUCAGAGGUCCUUGAGCUGAAAGAUUUCCAAGGUGGCAAUUCCUACUAUUUAUGGAACUUUGGUGAUGGCUCUCCCGCUAAGGAAACACGCGUUCCAGAAGUCCGUCACACUUUUGUACAACUCGGAAAGCUUACCGUAGAACUUCAGAUCAGAAGUCGAACUGAAUCAGUUACCCGCCUUCUCCCAAUCACCGUCUUUGAGGCCGUAGCCUUGGGAGCACUUACAGGGGGACCACCUCAUAGCGUUUCUCCUCAGGUCCCCUUGUAUCUUUCGGUAACAGUGCUGAAGGGAACUGAAUUGACCUAUGAGUGGUUUGUCGAUGAAAGACUUGUUCAAACAACUAAGCAGCCUAAUAUCCAGUAUACGUUUGUCCAAUCUGGUGUCUUCAAUGUUACCGUUAACGUUUCAAAUGUCGUUGGCUGGCAGGUGGCCGAAACCCAAAUUUCGGUUUUUUCCACAAUCCAAGGUUUGACCCUUGUCGAAAACUCAAUUCCGGUAGAUGUAAAAUCAAAUCUCCGUUUCACCUACACGGAUGGUGAACCAACAUUAGGUGCAUUCUCGAUUGAUAAGGGCCUCUGGACUCCGGCAACAGUGCGGCAAAAAGAACGAAUUAUUGAGACUUCUGAACUCUACUUUAGCGACAUUGGAGAGCACAUUGUACUCCUCCACUUAAACAGCUCUCAGGGCGAUGUUAUGGAGGCCUUCGAAUUCUGGGUGGAGUGUGCGCCGGACAGUUUUUUCAUCACAAUUACACCAAAACAAGGCGGAGUAAAGGAUACCGUUCAGGUGAACACCCAAACUGUGGGUUUUGCCACAGGUGCUACGAUAAUUGUCAGCGAUGGUGUCAAAUACAAUGAGACUCGUCCAUUUGACCACCUUAGCCCCGUUCUUCCUGCAAUCACCUUCACUUUGCCUCCGUACACUGAACCAGGGAUAUACACUAUUUGUGGAACCAUUUUUUUUGCCGGCGGCCAUUUCACUGAAUGCGCAAACUACAUAUGUCUAGGACCCUUGGGAACCUACAACUUAGUAGCUACAUCUGAAUCAGUCCCUCUUUACCAGGAUCUCACUGUGAGUGUCUUGCGCGUUAGUGGAUUGCCGAGUCCUCUGUUGACGGUAGAAAUCGACUGGGGUGAUGGAAGUAGGAAAAAAGAAAUCGAUUCAUAUGCUGAAGGCACGCCAAUUCAACACACCUAUUUGAGAAGGGGGAACAUGACUCUCAAGGCCACAGUGCAACGCGGCACGGAAGAGCAGUCAUUGGUUCCCCUGUUUGUGGUCGUAGGACCGGGCAUUUCCGACUUCGGGUGCAGCAUUGAGCCAAAAAGCUGGGUCAGAGUUGGCCAGAAUUUUGAAAUCCAUGUGUUCUUUAAGAGCGCAGAAGCGGUAAAUGUUACGUUGAAUGGAGGUGGCCUUUCAGUACCUGUGACGGAAAUUGUUCACGCCAACAACUUGUUCAAAAAAGAGUGCAAGUUGUCGGUCGAGACACAAUUCGACGUGGCCGAUUUUACAGCAGAGUUGGCGACGGCCAUUGUUGGUCCUCCAGGCGUUGCAGUCAUCUUGGUGAAAUACACGGGAACACCAAAGACUCGUCCAAACAAAGUCAGAGUACUGGUGGGUUGGGUGAACGAUACACAAACCGAUGUCGAAUUCCCUGAGUCAGCCGAUCACAUUCAACUCAAGCAUAAGAUGCUCAAAGACGGCAACCAAAUACUUGAUGUCACUGUGGAAAACAAGGUGUCAAGCCAAACUUUUUUUCUCACCGUCGGUUACUUUAAGCCCUUACUCUCAGCUAACAUAGAAAUCGUGAUUGAUGAGUUAAAUGUCCUUGGAUAUGGAGCAGAGCAAAAUACGUUUACAAUCGACGACAAUAUUUGCUUCAAAGCUAUUUCAUUUGACGGAACGAUCGGUUCGACACACCUGGUGGUAAUGGAGCAGAGUUCUGCGGUCAAGGUCAUCGACACUGUCUACUCAACGCCUUCCUUUGUUUCCAAUUUUAAUCAGCCUGGAGUCUAUACUGUUACAGCAAAUCUAAGCAACCCGUUGAAUUAUUACAUCGUUACGAAGACAAUCAUAGUGCAGGGAACCGUCCGUGGCAUGCGAUUGUCUCCCCUGACCUCUAGCAUUCAUCCCGGGAUGCCGGGACAAGUUCAACUUGCGUUUAUCGGACUCGCAAACUCCGCAUGCAUAUGUGUUGAUCUAGGAAACGGUGAACAGGUGGCCUAUUCCAGUGUUGGGGGAACAUCGUGUAUCCACUGUCCUAAUUACCCCACAAUGCCACGGAAACCGGCAGCCAGAAAGUUCAGAAUCCCUGUGACCUACCUAACUGUAGGAGGGUACACCAUCACUGCCUCAGUGAAUGACACUGUCACCAAAUUAAAAAUAUUUGUCACACCCACGGACUGCUAUCCUCCCUUAGUGUGGUUGGACAGUUUCAGUUUGGGGAAUCCGAACACUCCUGCAAAAAUCAAAGUUCUCGAAACGCUCACCAUCAUUGCACGAAGCAACGGAACGAGAUGUGAGGAGUUCAAAGAUGUGGUCUACAAAUGGGAGAUGUGGAAGCUAAACGAGAUGACCGCGGGAAGAACGGAGGAGAAAGUUGAGUUGCCUCAAGUGCCUUCACGAGGAAAUCUGCAAGUCUAUAUCACAGCUGACGUCCUCAGGGUGGGUAUGUUUGAAGUCCAGCUUAUGGGAUGGCGUGAAGGCGAGGAGCUAUUUUCUGCCGUUAGUGCCUUUGUGUCGGUUUCGGAGAUGCCACUUGCCAUCAGGUUCACAGAAUAUGGGUCGGAUAUCAUUACAGUCAGUGAAGAAAUAAGCGCCCUGUGUCUCUCACCCGCAAAAUACUCAGUCAACCCCAACAUCCCCAAUGCCGAAGGAAAAAAGGACUUCAAAAAUUGGCAAAUCGUCUGUUUGCAAUACUUGGGCCCCUCAGAAAGCGCUAAAGCAUCAUGCAAGUUACCUCAGCUUCCUGGAAUGGAGAAUGGCGACUUCUGUAUAGACAGAAGCUUCCUCAAUUUCUCGAACAUUUACGAAUUUCAGGCCAUGGCUGAAAGUGGGCUGCAGAGGGGUGUGGGAAAAUUGAAGGUCUAUUUUGUUCCCGGAAAAACACCCAUACUAAAAAUACGUAUGGCUCGUCCACAGCUCGCUUUGGAGGGUCAUUACGAUGAUGCAACCAGCGUAAGUCAAACCAUAGAUCUUGUCUUAGAGGGCGAAUGCACAGGCGACUGCGGAGGAAACUCCCGGUGGACCUUAGAGAAAAUGGACUCGCAUGAGAACAUCAGUCCACUUUCGCCUACUGAACUAGCCGAAGCCUCCACAGGUAAUGUGUUUCUGCCCACAGCUCUUUUUAUCCAAAAUGUCGCUUUUGUUCAGCAAGAUCAUUUUCUGGCAGCAUACGACGUCAGCACGCUCGUAGUUCGAACUGCCUUCCUCGAAAAAUGGGACACUGAAAAUUAUCUUCAUGUUUGUUUCUCCCAUACGACACCAUCGGCUGUGGUCGCCAAAACUUGCAGACUGUUCUUCCUUGUUCAAUCACCCCAAAUUGGUUCUUGCAAAUUUAACUCGUCGGGAGAGAUUACUAGGGACACCAUUAUCUGUAUCAAUUGUGACGGAAAGGAGCAAGAUAGACGACCUGCUGUCUAUCUAUUUCAAGAAAAAAUAAAGGAUAUCGUAUCCACUUUCGCGACGUCAAAUGAACCAUCUUACUGUGGAAAACUUCCCUACGUAAGAGAUGAGUUCGAAUUAUGCGUUGCUGUGACCGACACCCUGGGCUCAAUUGACGAGCGCUGCUACGUCCGAUUUCAUGUAAGUCCACACUCACAAGUUAAGGGGAGUCAAAUCCACAUUUUUCAGAUUGGCUUUAGUAUUUGUUUCAAAGUUGAAUCGUCCGAGGACAUUUUUAUGACGCUACAAAAAAUUGCAAAUGAUACUGAUGGAGCGGGCUCCCACGCCUUGGCAACCGGAAAUCCCAACGACCUUUCAGUGAAUAUUCAAAGCAUUUCGAGGAAGGUGGUGGAGACAGAAUCCUUCGUUAUGUGGCUCAACCUAUUUGUGACUGUCACUCAGGACAAUUCCACAAGUGUAAUCGAAGCGAGGAAACUUAGAGCUGCUGAUUUGAUGACUAUUCGAAAAUCCACCAGCUUCAUUAAAAGGAAUAGUAUGAAUCAAGAUUACAUUUUGUCUUAUUAUAAUUGCAUUACCGAUUUUCAGGUCGUCGAAAAGUUGGUAGACGCCACUGAGAACCUGCCGAUGAAUGACCCAAACACCUUCAAGUUGAGCAUUUCGACCCUUAAUUCACUCUCCCAGACCGCUGUGGACAUGCCUCAAUCCGCGCAGAUAAAGUUAACCAAGAUCCUUCAAAAUGCAUCCCAAGUUUUCGACGAAAUUUCACGAUUUGCUUCAAGAGAAGAUUCCAUUCACUCCGGAAAUAGUGUCCUUUCAAUGGUCUUAAAUAUUUUAAACGGUACAACUUCUCAACUGGACUCCCCAAUUGCCACCGACGUAGUGACGAAUUCUUUGGAUAUGAACUACGACACCGAUCUUGAAGCUAUGGGUGUUGUGGGAACCACCGCAGAUGAUCAAUACCUUUUGCUGUCUAAGGAAGAAACCAGAAAGCACCAGGAAGCUGCGUCUGCGGCUCUCUUUGUACAAUUAAGUCAACUGCAAGGCAAUGUGGCGGCUGCUGUCUCACCAAUCCUCACAGCCGAUGAAGUGGGCAUUUCGUCAGUCACACCCUUUGGGAAAAUCCACAUGCGGAAAAUGCGGAAGUCAGACGUCCAGAAUUGGUUGUCCACUUUCUACAGUUCCAGUUCUAUCUCCUCCCUCACAUUUAAUGGUCUUGAUGCCUUCUUUAACGAUACACAAGAUGUGUUUGCCCACACAAUGAUUACCCUGCCGAAAAUGUUUGCAUUUGCCGAUGCCAAUCCUAAAUCUAUUCCAGUUCAGUCAGAGACUGUGGGACUUUCUUUUUACAAAGAUGGCAAAGAGGUUCGUGUCAAUGAAAUACCCGGUGUGGUUACUGUGAAAAUUAUCAGAGAUCCAACAACACUCCCUCCCCCUUUCACAAUGGUCAGCGACAUUGGUAUGCCCCAAAAACUCCCUGAGCCCCUUGUGGCUGUUGACGGGUCAGAAAUCUACCAACCAUUAAUAAUGACUGGCUUCGACAUAGAACAGGAGGAUGUGAGUUUCAGUUUUGAAAUUCAGCCCACGAAUGCCUCCACGAAGCCUCAGUAUCUUGUUGUCGCGAGAUUUGUUUAUCCACCGGAUUUAACUAAACUGGAGGACGAUUGGGGACUCAUGUGGGCUUUUGUGCCGCCUUCUGCAGAUAUUUAUGCAAUCCUUAAAAUGCUUAUAAUUACCUUCUGCAAAAUGCACUCGUCUAACCGAACACUGUAUCUUACUUUGAAAGAUGAUCUCUCAGCUACUUUGGAAGAAAGGGAACGGAAUCUGACAUUUUUCAUUGAUAACCAUGACUUCAAACUGUUCAAAAAAGAGGCCUUACAGAGGACGAAAGGACAAAGACUGACUCAAAGAGACCUUAACAAGUUGUGGGUUGGAUUUCGGCAGCUGAACAAACAGGAAGUUGAUCAGGACUGGACUGAGAUUCCACUUCCUUAUGCGAACAGAGAUCAAAUCAACACGACAAUUAAUUAUCGUGGUUUUGUGACCACUUGCGAAUUCCUGGAAAAGGACUCAGCAAAGUGGGACACGAAAGGAUGUUUGGUGAGUCUUUGCUUGUUAAAGAAAGUUGAUCGCCAGACGACAGCUCAAGCGGCAGUCUGUGUCUGCAACCAUCUGACCACAUUUGCAGCCGGAUGGAUUGUUGUGCCAAACACGGUCGAUUUUAACUACAUUUUCAGGAAUAUCCAGUUUGAAAAGAACGCCACCCUCUACGUAACAGAAAUCACUGUCGGGAUAAUCUUUCUGCUGCUCUUUAUUUGGGCUCGGCGGAUGGAUAAUAAAGACAUUCAGAAGUUGGGUAUCACACCUCUGGCGGAAAACAACCCAGCGGACGAAUAUCUGUAUGAAAUAAUCGUCGGAACGGGAAUGAGGCGAAGGGCAGGAACCACAUCCACAGUAUGCAUGCAGCUAAACGGGGAAAAAGGAGGAACCCCACCGUUUACCCUUCGUGAUCCUCAUCGGAAGGUUCUUCAAAGGGGCAAUACCGACCGUUUUCUCCUUGCUACAGCGAAGCUUAAUAAACUGCAACAACUCCGCGAUUUGAGUAGUGACACAAUGCUCACCACGUCUACUCCAACUGACCCGACUAGUGAUUUAUCGCACUCAAUCACAAACACAGAAACAUUGCCCGCUGAUUUUGACACAGCGUGCCGCAAGCGACCAUCUUUUUCAAAAACUAUGGCUUUGCCGAAACCCUCCUGUCGACUAGGGGAUUUCCAAAUCGAAUGGGAGGGCAGUGAUAUCGGAUGGCGUCUAGUCGUGCUAGACUCUGACGUCCAAGGUGACGACAUUCUUCAGCUGAAUUCGAACGACAUUCCAACUCUUCGCAAGGUGAAUUCUCGUCUCAGACAUGAGCAGCGUAUUCUGAAAACUAAGAUAGAAAUAUUGCUCAAUUCUGUCGCAGAACAGACUGCCCUCGUAAGCUUAUAUGAGGAACGACUUGAGAAAUUAAGGAUCAAGGCCAAAUUGGCGCGACCUCUGGGGGAUCUCCGAUUUCUCCGCAUUUGGCACGAUAACACCGGCCAGGGAAGCGGAGGUUCCUGGUUUUGUGACUUUGUGAUUACCAUCGAUUUGCAAACAAAGUCGAAGUACACCUUCUUGGUGGAAAAGUGGCUAGCUGUGGAUGAGGACGAUGGAAUGGUUGAUAGAGUGAUACCAGUAGCCGGACCGUUGGAUCGCCUUCGGCCGUAUUACCUCUUUUCACACAAGGUGACACAGGACGCGAGCGACAAACACCUGUGGGCUUCAGUUUUCACCCGCCCAGCCUAUUCGCGGUUCACGCGUGUCGAGCGUGUCGGUUGCUGCCUGCUAGUUCUUUUCCUCACCAUGGUUUCUUCCUGUAUGUUUUACAAAGCCGAGGGACCUGCUGUGGUCGAUUUUGAAUUCAGUAUCGGCCCGUUUGCACUUACACCUUACGUGGCCUUCACCGGAGUCGUAUCGUGUCUCAUCACGUUUGUUCCGGUCAGCGUUGUCAUGAUGCUGUUUCGCAAGUCCAGGCUUCGCGUCAAUCACAUGACCCUCCUUCGUGAUGUGGUAGAAGAACACCUGGAUGAGGAACUGGACGACAACGCCUACGACACUAUAAAUGAAGAACCUCAACAAUCUUACCUGGAACCACCUCGAUAUUCUUCAGUAUUCCAAAAUCACAGCUCACUGGAUGUCGAUCAACCCCCUCCAUACUCAGAAAAUCCGGAACCUCCUGGAAAAAGGUUAUGCGAAGUAAAGGAGGAAAAUGAGAGCAAAUGGAAAGACUUCACAUUGCCCUGGCAGACCCGAAUUCUGGCGUGGAUAUUACUCAUUUUGGGGAUAGUGACUUCUGUUGUGUUUACUACAUUCUACGGGGUCACAUUCGGUGAUGCUGCCUGUAAACAGUGGCUUUCAUCUUUGUUUCUGUCAUUCUUCCUCGACCUCUUCCUAACACAACCUGCUAAGGUCGUUCUAUUUGCCUUGUUUUUCGCUGUGAUUUGCAAAUCGAAAGCUACUGCUGAGGACUUCGACUUUGCUAAAGAAGACACCGCCCUGAUGAACACAAUUGGACGUAGAUACAGGCUGAAUUACGGCGAGGAGUAUCUUCAUGACGACUUGUGUAAGUCGAGCGAUAACUACGUAGUCAGUCCACCUGACCCCGAGACUUUGGAGAGGGCGCGAGUUCACAGGCAGAACCAAAGGCGAAUGCACGGCAUGCUGCGGGAGAUACUCUUCUUUUUCCUUUUCUUUUCCCUUCUCAUCAUUGUGUCAAAUGGUUUCCGGGAUCCAAUGGCAAAUCGACUUCGAGAAAGUCUUUCCUCUCUUUUCUUCAGUGACGACGACUUCGAGAAAAUAAAUUCCAUUGACGAUCUCUGGGACUGGAUUGAGAAGACACUGCUGCCGAAUUUGAGAGCAUCGAGGUGGUACAAUGGACACCCCCCUCUGGACCAACGUGGCUUUAUUGGUGACCGUAAAAACCGAAUCAUGGGCUACGCAACGAUGCGUCAAGUUCGCAUUCGUCAAGGCGAGUUUAUCUGGACCCAGGACGAAAAUGAUUAUUUACCAGGGUGGAUUCCGUCUCAGCAGUCACGAGACACCUUACCCAUGGAGUAUCGCUACACCCGAGCCUCGGAACGAGGUGGAUCUUUUCUUUCUGGACAACUGGCACUCUAUUCAGGCGGUGGCUACGUCCAUGAAUUGCGUGGCUCCUCAGAACGUCUCCUUGAAGAUGUCCAGAAGUUGAGACAACAGGGGUGGAUUGACCACCGAACACGCGCAGUCAUCGUUGAGUUCACGACUUUCAAUCCGGGAACCCACCUCUUUGGAAUGACGGUCAUCAAAUUUGAACUGCCCGGAACUGGUAGUGUACUGCCUUCUUACAGAAUUGAACCAGCAAACUUGCUCUCAUUCACAAUAAGCGGUGUCAAGGCGUUCGAACUAACCUGUCAGAGUCUUGAACACGGAAGUCUCAUGUGCUGUUUUUUUCUUCAAAAGAUUUUGUUCGUGAUUGCGUUGGCUGGUCUCCUAAUAAAGGAGGGGCGCAAUCUCUGGGGUGAACGCCUCGCGUACUUCCGCACUUUCCGCUCUUGGGCCCAGAUGUUCAUCCUCUUCGGUUCCUUUGGAGCCAUUUGUAUCUAUGUAUUUGUGACAAUCGAAGUUAAAAAAAUGACCUUAGAAUUCUACCGCACCAAUGGAAACGGCUACGCGAACUUUCAAAUGGUGGCCAAUUGGAACGAAGUCCUCGCGUACCUCGUCGCCCUCAUCACCUUUGUCGCCAUCCUCAUGUUUAUGCACAUCUUCCGCUUCAACAAAAACAUCGGUCUCCUGGGGGCUGUUCUCAGCUACGCGUAUCGUGACAUGAAGUACUUUUUUGCUGUUUUCGCCAUCAUCUUUUUUUCCUUCGUAGUCGCCUUUUUCCUUCUCUUUUACGACACGAUGGAUGCUUACUGCACCUUCAUCUCAUCAAUGGAAACAAGUUUUCAGAUCGUGCUGGGAAAGUUUGACGUUAAGAAGAUGUAUGAGAGGGAACCCAUUUUAGGCCCAGUCAUUUUUGCCGCCUUCUCUCUGUUCAUUAUUUUCAUCAUGUUGAGCAUGUUUGUGGCCAUUUUGACGGACAGCUUCGAGGUGGUGCGCAAGGAUCCCGCCUUACAGUCACAUGACUACGAACUAGUCCAUUUUAUGCUAGCAAGGUUUAUUCUCUGGUCUGGUUUCGACCGCUUCAAAUGGGCCAAGCGCAUCCUCAACGAGUACUCACUCAGUGUGACCGAACAGAUUUAUGACGACGAUGAAGAGCACGAAUGUGAAAAACUCAUCGCGGAACUCAACGAUGUGACGGACCGCUUUGUUAGCUGUGUGAAGAGCUCGGAAUUGGUUGGGGUUCGGGAUGUCUAG